AUCAAACGCUCCCCGACUUUCUUCAUAGCCUGCGCGCACUGGAAAACCUAUCGUGCGAAGUCGCCAACCAGCCACGGGGAUAACAACACGCAGCAAUCACCUGUUUUGUGGCUUUGUGUCGUCCGCGGCCUGUGUGCGGUGGUUAACUCGCGGAAUAGUUGAAGGAAAAAGUAGCAUGAGCAGCUCUCUAGUACUCGCCUGUGUGUUUUUGGUGCCAGGAAGCAGAUGAACCAUACUGUGUAUUGUGAGCCGUGAGCUUGCGGUAUCGAAGGAGAACACGAAACACCGUGAAACGGAUCGCAAACACGUGCCAAUGUUAGCGGUGCACCGAGGUUACCACCAUUCGCUGUGCACAUGUUGCCGUAACCGCACGUCGGGACUAAUUAGGCGAGGAUUGUAAAAUCUUGCCGAGCCGAAUACGAAUGUGCAGCGAUCAACCUCUAGUACCUAGUGAACGACGAUUCAAACGACAGUUCAAACCAACGGUGGCUUACCCGUUCACCUGGUGGUGUUUCCUACAGCGAGUGUGUGCACGAGGUUCCACUCCAGCAAUCAAACGAAAUCAAAACGUCAAACAAACUCGCCAACCUGAGACCGAAAAGUACCGAUCGCACGCUGUUCCGGGUGGUGUACGAAAGGGAUGCCGUAUAGUUUAAACUAGACAACCGGUGAGAUAAAAAAAACGGUGUAGGUGAAGGGUUCAUCACGUACCAUAAUGCAGAGUGGUGGUAUGGAGAAACUGAGAGCGGCAAAGAAGGUGGCCCCUGAUGGAGGUUGGGGAUGGAUGGCCACUUUCGGUGUUAGUAUGCUGAAUUUAGCCACGCGUUCGAUCGAACAAUCGUUCGGGCUACUGUUUGGCGAUUUACUGAACGACCUGCAGGUUGGAACGACCGGGGCUUCCAUCAUCAUCAGUACGCUCGAUGUAAUGAUGAACUUUUCCGGUCUGUUCGUGGGCCCGCUGCUGAAGGAGUUCUCCUACCGGAAGGUCGCACUUGCCGGUUCGCUGCUCUGUUGCUUCGGCCUAGCGCUUACGUCGCCUGCCACCAGUAUGGCACACAUCUUAGCCACGUAUAGUGUGAUCAAUGGCAUUGGUGUGGGGCUGGCAACAUCUGCCGCAUUCGUUGCCCUCAAUCACUACUUUGCAAAGAAGCGGGGCCAAGCGGUCGGGCUGUCGAUGGCGGGCACGGCGCUCGGAAUGCUUAUCUUGCCGCAGCUGGUGCGCAUCCUGCUCGAACUGUACGGCUUUCGUGGCGCGGUGCUCAUACUGAGCGGGUUAGCACUGAAUGCGGUACUCGGCGCGAUGUUGCUACAGCCGGCCAAGUGGCACAUGAAGGAGGAAGAGGUGGACAUCGAGAUGGUGGAGAAGGCCCCGGCGAUGGGCAUCAUCUUGGAGCAGGAGGACGGUGACAAUGACUCGCUGCCGGAGAUCAAAACGUUGCUGUUUCCACGCAGCGCCAGAAGCGAACCGAGGCAGUCAGUGGGUGGUAUUGGUGCAGGAAUUCCGGAACGAAUGUCGACCGUCAGAAUUGGGGGUGCGUCCGACAGCGCUGAUGCUCCGCCGUCACCAGGGUUGCCUCUACUCGGAGGACCCAUGCUACCGAAACGGCCUACCUUCCCGCGCGUGAACUCGUCGCUAAGUCCCAAUUUUCCGCGCAUCGCCUCGACCGCCAGCAUGAGUUUGGCCCUGCGCAGGCGCCGUGAGUCCGUUGUCUCCCAGCUUUCGAUCCUCGAUUUCACCGGUAGCGGCAGCUGUUUGCACAUUCACGUGGACACAGGUGACGCUGACGCAGAGGACGUCGAUUAUCAGAUAAUCCGGCGUGUUAAUACCGACGCCGGCAUGAACACAUCGUUCUUCCGUUCCCCGUCGCGUGUCUCGAAACGAAUGGAAACGGUCAAGUCAGAGCUGGGACUGGAGAUGGUAAAACCGGAGAAAGUCUCGUUCCUGCAGCGCUUUACCACCCAGAUGGACCCAGGGCUGUUGCAAGACGGCACCUACUUGAACAUUCUGUUCGGCCUGUCGAUCUUUUACGUGGCGGAGAUGAACUUCAAGCUGGUGACGCCGUUCUUCAUGGCGAGCCUCGGUUUCACCAAAAGCGAGAUCGCUACGGUGCUGUCGGUGUCGGCAUUGACCGACAUCGUAGCUCGCAUCAUCGUGCCACCGAUCGGCGACAAGCUGAAGAUUCGCAAACGCCACAUGUUCAUGGUGGCGAACGUGUUUGUUGCCAUCUUGCGAUCCAUCGUGGCCCACCAGCAAACCUACGCCCAAGUGAUGGUGUGGCUGUCGGUGACCGGCUUCUUCCGUGGGCUGGCGCUCGCCAACUUCACGCUGUGCGUUUCGGAGUACUCGUCGCUCGAGAAGCUGCCGGCCGCGUUCGGGUGGCACAUGGUCGGUAAGGCUCUGUUUGUGAUCGUUUUCGGUCCGCUGAUUGGUGCGAUCCGCGAUUGGACCGACAGCUACCCUGCCUGCAUCCACUCGCAGUCGUUUUGCAUUUUUCUAUGCAUCACUGCCUGGUCCGUCGAGCUGUUGAUCAAACGCUUUCGCACGAAGAAGAUCGGCGAGGCAAUUCCGACCGGCAUCUAGCGGCGGGCCCUCAGCUCUAGAGUCAAGUUGUUCCGGUUGGCCGCGCAUUAGUUUAUCCAUGUAUCUAAGAAUUCCGAAGGCUGCGAUAUAGCUUAGUUUUUCCUGUUUUUGGUAGUUGUGAUGUUAAGCAGUGGCCCAUAGCUUACAAAGGUUAACGAUAAUCAGUACCGAAAAUUUGAACCUAUGCCAAGAAGAAGAUGCACAGUAUUACCCGUGUAUGGUAGGUGGGUUAGUAUUAAUAUUAGGUCGACCCUUGGGGGCGAACAGAGAAUGUGCGCUGAAGUUGUUCUUAAACAAACGUCUAAGUAUCGCCCGGUCGUUAGUUAGAUAAGGUUCUGUUGUUUUAAUAGCUGACUUUAGUGUAGAUCGUCGACUAGAGGGCGCUAGUGCGCCGCGCCGCCUGAGGGUCUUUGUCUUGGGUAUGUGUUGAGUGUGAGUUUCUAGCUUCUCCGUUUCACGGACAGGUGGCGCUAACGCAGCGGAUGUCGAUGUCCACGCUGAACUCUUCGUUAACUUUUAGCGUUACCCAGUUACCUAUAGUCACGAAAGUUUAACGAAAACGCGAUACGAUAAUGUUAACGUUUACCAAUAUAGGUAAUAUAAAUACGAACAUGCUUCUAGGACGAAAAAUAGGUCGAUUGAUAUUAUCUUACCAAUAGCUUUUACCAAUAGGCAUCCCGUUCGUAUAACCCAAACCAUAGUGUGUAUUAGCGAAUUACAAUACGAUUAUCGAUCGAUCGAUUAUUGAGUAUCCUAGAGAUUUAUGAUAGCAAACAGUACGUUUAUGAUUAUGGUAGCAAACCUUUGUACGACUUGUUUUUUUUCAUAGAAUGCACAGUAACACUAGUUUAAACGUAGCUACAUGAAUUCCGGAGACUGCGACUGCGGUUCAGCAUAUCCCGAUUUUGAUACUUACGGUUGUUAGCCAGUUGCCUACAUUUUACGAGAGUUGAACGACAGCCGGUUCCGAAAAUUGGAACUUUUAUCAAUACGAGAUACACAGUAUUAGGUGUGUAUGUUGAGUGUGCUACUAUUAAUGUUAGUUAAUUUUGAUGAUUGAUUCCGGGAGAUGAGCUGAGAACGGAAAGUCCGCACGCUGAUAAUGUGCCGAUGAACGAGGUCAGAACGUGGCUGAGUCAGAACAUGUCCUCGUGGUAGAUCCACAGUAUGUAGGAUGCGGAUUAGCGAAUAAAAACACUGUGUCAAAGAGGCCUUCGCGGAUACCAGUAAGGCUUGUCCGUCAUUCGAGCGGGUUUAGCUUAGAAAGGAAGAGCUUCCGGCCUAUUAGUUUUAAACUCUAGCUAAAAAGUUAUCUUACAGUUAACAGAUCGUAUCUGAUCAUGCUGUAAACGGCACGUU